AUGUCCGCUAGCCAACACUUGGUGAUCGCUGGAGAUUCACAGCUCCAACUAUGUAUCUACCCCCAGGAGAAUGCUUCGAGCCGACCCCGCACACAAAUGUAUCCAACGGGUGCAAGGCUGCUUGCUCUCCUGCUCAAUGGCUUGAAGGAUCAUGAAGGCCAACCACUUCAGGUGCAUCGUCCUAGUCUGGAGCAUCCAGAAGAUCCAGCAUUACACUCCAUUAUGGAAUUCGAAGUAAGCGAAAAGGAUGCAGAUGCAGUACGGCUGAAACAGCAGAUCCUGCUUGACACAGAGCCCCGAUGGCACUCCCCCGUUUCCACACCACCGUCGGACGAAAAGGAGAGUCGCUGUAUGUGGGUAGUGCAGGAUGCUUUUGCUGGUAAGUCUUUCAACUCAAAUGAAACUCAGCUUGCCAUGGAUCUCUUGGAGCAGAACCAACCAACUCUUUUCGUCUACCAUGUGUCAACCCCGCUGUGCUCGGGAGCCAUUUGGAAGAGGUUCAGUGAAGGCAAAGACCGAAAUCAGGAAGCGAUGAUCGCGGUCAUAGAUGUGGCCAGUCUUCGCGGCGAAGGCCUGGAGCUCUCACGGGGCUUAUCGUGGGAAAGGACCUGCGAAGAGUUCAUUCAUCAACUGGGCUCUAUCGGCAACUUUGUCACGCUCGCCACCUGCCCGCAUCUCAUCGUUCUCUUUGGAUGCGACGGGGCGAUUUAUCACCGCGGAAGGGAAGCUGCAAGACCGGUGUUGGUGUUUGACCCAAAGGGCAAUGAGGGAGACUUUGUUCGACGACAUCUUGGACCCGUUCCAGGUCUUAACGAAGCCUUCGUGGCAGGUUUCGCGGCGAGUUUGGCCAAAAAUGGCCAGAGUAGUAUGUUAGAGAGCAUUAAGCGCGGCUUGGGUGCUAUGCGACGGCUGGGUCGACAGGGCCUGGUGGCCUUCUCCAACGCACAUGAGCUGAUCGGGGAAUUAACUCGGGAUGACGAAAGCCGUGAGUUCAUUCAGUUCAAUGUGCCGUCGGAUGAUAUAGCUCGGGGUUGUGAUGAUCAAUGGUCAAUCUUGGAACACGCCGUGGGUGAUGUUUCUCAGUUGGCCCAGGAGACUGUGCGACAGGGAAAUAAUCAUAUCGCAAUGAGGAUCCCUCAUGCUCAGUUUAGCAAGCUGGCUCUUUGCGAUAGGCGCGAAAUCGAGUCUUUCAGAUCGCUUACACAGGGAGUCAUGCAUUAUCUAGCCACACCGAGCAUUCGCACACCAUACGGAGUUGCAGUAUGUGGCUCGGUUGGCGCAGGAAAAACCUUUGCUAUGCAGCAAGUGAUCUAUUCGAUAGUCCGAACAAAGCCUGUGCAUUUCCUUUUCUGUGACUUUGCCGACAUGACAGACACAGAUUAUCUCAACGUCUUACUCCAAUCAGUUCGUGACUGCUCAAUUCAGGGGGUCAUUGCAGCGGUGCACUUUCAUAACACUGAAUUACUUUUCAACAGCUCAUUGGCCAAAUCAUUGUAUAUCCUCUUGAGGCUCAUACGAGAGGGCACUUUCAUCGAUAAUGGAAGCUUACGGCCGGUUGGACAGUCUAUUUUCUUUUUCGAAGACGAUGCAUGGGAAACUCUCUCGGAUCUCCAGAAUCCUAAGAAAGACGGUCUGAAGAGCUUCGUUGCUAGCUUAAGGACGAGCGUCACUUUGCUGGGACCAAACCAAAUUGACAACAAGCGAGGCCCUGACACGUUAUUCCCUCUACGGCGGGCGAUCAUAUUGCGAUCCCUCCUCGAGGGCCAGAUACCCGGGAUGACGAGUACUUCCCGAAUUGACAUUGAUGAUCGUCUCUUAAGUGGUCUUCUCCUCGUUCCAAAGUUCACCCGCGCAGUUCAGUCAAUGAAGGCCAUUCUUGAUAUGAGCCAAGUCAACCUAGAACAUGGUUUCAAACCGGCGGACCUCCCACCAAUUUCUCUGUUGAGUCUCCAUAUGGAACAUGACGACUUCUUGCGAUGCAUGAAGGGUCCAAUUUUGCCAGCACAUAUUCGCGAAGAAGCCGCUCAAAAGCUACAUAGUGCGUAUCUUGACGAACGAAGGCGGACUGCUAGUCCCGGCGAAUUGAACCAGUUGAAUCUACAAGAGUGGCACAUGCUCGACGAGGAGUUUAAAGAGUCUGCCCGGGCGCAUGUCGACUCCAUACCCAGUAAAUUACGCCUCGUUUCGUGUUUCCUGGCUGAAAGAACCGACUCUCGCAUAGCCAUUCAGGAGUUUACGCCGGCUCAGAUCGAGCAGUUGUCCAUAGUCGAACAUGAUCGUUGGAAUAGCGAGCGACUCCAGAAGCAAUGGACAAUUGGCGAGCGAGAUCCUAGCAUUCGGCAAACACCGUUUCUAGUUCCCUGGUCCGAUUUGGACGAGAAGUUUCGAGACAUUGACCGAGCGCUGGUGGCAGGAUAUCCUUCUUUUCUGCCCUCAUCAUACGCGAUUUACAGCAUUGGGAGGUUGGGGGAUGAAUGA